CCGAAAGUCCCCUGCCCGCUUCCUCCUGCGAAGACGUAGCUGCGGGUGGCUGUGGUGGCGGCGUCCAAGAUGUCGACUAAGAAUUUCCGAGUCAGUGACGGUGACUGGAUUUGCCCUGACAAAAAAUGUGGAAAUGUAAACUUUGCUAGAAGAACCAGCUGUAAUAGAUGUGGUCGGGAGAAAACAACUGAGGCUAAGAUGAUGAAAGCUGGGGGUACUGAAAUAGGAAAGACACUUGCAGAAAAGAGCCGGGGCCUUUUUAGUGCUAAUGACUGGCAGUGCAAAACGUGCAGUAACGUGAAUUGGGCCAGAAGAUCAGAGUGUAACAUGUGUAAUACUCCAAAGUAUGCUAAGUUAGAAGAAAGAACAGGUUAUGGUGGUGGUUUUAAUGAAAGAGAAAAUGUUGAAUAUAUAGAAAGAGAAGAAUCUGAUGGUGAAUAUGAUGAGUUUGGACGUAAAAAGAAAAAAUACAGGGGGAAGGCAGUUGGUCCUGCAUCUAUUUUAAAGGAAGUUGAAGAUAAAGAAUCUGAGGGAGAAGAAGAGGAUGAGGAUGAAGAUCUUUCUAAAUAUAAAUUAGAUGAGGAUGAGGAUGAAGAUGAUGCUGAUCUCUCAAAGUAUAAUCUUGAUGCCAGUGAAGAAGAAGAUAGUAAUAAAAAGAAAUCUAACAGACGAAGUCGCUCAAAGUCUCGAUCUUCACAUUCACGAUCUUCAUCACGCUCAUCCUCCCCCUCAAGUUCAAGGUCUAGGUCCAGGUCCCGUUCAAGAAGCUCUUCCAGUUCGCAGUCAAGAUCUCGUUCCAGUUCCAGAGAACGUUCGAGAUCUCGUGGGUCGAAAUCAAGAUCCAGCUCCAGGUCCCACAGGGGCUCUUCUUCCCCACGAAAAAGAUCUUAUUCAAGUUCAUCAUCUUCUCCUGAGAGGAACAGAAAGAGAAGUCGUUCUAGAUCUUCUUCACCUGGUGAUCGCAAAAAAAGACGAACAAGAUCACGGUCACCCGAAAGCCAGGUGAUUGGUGAAAACACUAAACAACCCUGAGCCCAGGGCCAACCCCUCGGAACACCACUACUUUACCCAGGCACCACAGGUCAUCUUCUGGAUCAUCCCAUUCUGGUUCCCGUUCAAGUUCAAAAAAGAAAUAAUGUAUUAAAAUUUACAUCUAAAAAAAAAAACAGUACAGUGCAUGAAGCAUAUUUUUUAAGGAGUUGGUGUCUUACUUGGUCAGAAGUGCUAAAACUGCUAGUAGAGGUGCAUGCCUUUCAUUGCUUUUCACAACAAUACAGCUGUGUUUAUUUGUGAAAUUAAAAGUAAAUAGUAUUUUAAGCCAUAAUGUCCUAAAAUAGAUACUCUAUUUAUCAUUCAUUAUUUACAACUAUUUCAUUUAAAACCAUUUCAGCUGUGACAGAGUACUUUGUUUCCUAAUUUGAACUCUUGUUUUUUCAUUUCGGAAUAUGAACUAUUGACUGAAGACAGGAUAACCUAGGCUUGCCUGAACUUUGGGCAUGGAGGCAAGACUGUGGUAAAGUAGUUGGAAACAAUCUGUUUAUGUUAAUUGGGAAAAGGAGUCAACCUGUUCCUAUGAAUCUAUGUCAAAGGGAUUCCUAUCACAAAAAGUAAAACUAGUUGAAAACAGCCAACUGGAAACUUUCUCAUUUUGAAAUUCCCUAUGCUGAGGGUGCCUUAGAAUCUUUGUCUCUCUUUUAUCCAGUUUUACUUUUUUGUACCACCACAUUUAAUGAAGAAAAAAAAUCUUGUGAAUUUCAGAAGGAAAGGGGUGUUAUUCAUUUUCCCUUUCCUGACAAUAAUUUUGAGCAAAAAUGUCAAACAGGUUCCUCUCUUUACUGAUAUUGAUGAGAAAAACAUCCGUUUCAAAAUGUUUUUAUCUUAAUAUUUUAAGAAGCUUCAUGUGAUAUCUUUUAAAAACCUGGUUAUCACAUAUGGUAGUAUCGAUAAAGUUAAGUCGUAGUUAAUGAGGAACAAAUUGAAGUAUAUUUCUUUGGGUGAAAGAUCAGCAGAGAGAUUGUGAAUUUAAAUGAACAUUUAUUUGCCUUGAGAUGUUCAAACACUGCAUAAAAUUUUCUUCUGAGUAACAAAUGAAUGCUUAUUUCUGCAUGACAUGCAGAAAUACUUAUUGUUCCUAUUCAUUUGAAAUUACUUAUGGCUUAAAAUACAGAGUUCGUUUUAUUUCUCAAAAUCUGGUCACUUGAGCUACAUUUUGUCCUCUGGUUUAAAAACAAAAAGGUUUCUUCUCUUAACAGUAUCUUCAGUGACAAUGCAAGGUAAGUAUGUUAAGGGAAAUCGACAAAUUGUGCUUGGGGACUUUUUGUCAUGGGGAUCAAUACCCACAUUUUGUUUUUGUUUUCCUUAAUUUUAAAUUAUUGUCUACUGCAAUUAAAAAUUUUAAAGUUUUAAGGUUAUCUAGUAGACAGACCAAACAAAAUUAUUUGUUUUUUACUUUCAAAUGAGUGAUUUUUCUCUUCAGCUGAUCUAAAGAUGAAAGCAAAAUAUCUUAUGUAGAAGUAUUUUGAUAAUAUUUUUACAAUGAACUUCCCCUUGUUUUUUUAUGUCUUAAUUUUCUUUGCUGCGUUUACUGUAGGUUGCACAAGAACUUUUACUCUCUUGUAUUGUGCCUCAGACUUCUUGAAAGUCCACCUUCUAAAUUUGCCCAGAUGAUCUUCUAGAGUCUACAUGUUACCAUUGGUUUAUUCUUGUGCUUUCUGUAUUUGAAACUUUGGCUGUACUAAGCAAAUGCAAGGUUAUAAAUUUAGCUGAUAGUUUACAGACAAUUCAGAUGAUUAUGAUUUCAUUUGGUUUAACUAAGCUGUACUAGUUCAUUUCAUGAAGAAAUGAUGCUGUAGACAAAUGUAAAUAAAGCUGUGAAUCAAGCAUCAAGUGGCAUUUGUGAGAAAUAAAUUAGAAUUUUUAAGCUCUGA